AUGAUAACGUUGGUGGGCACAAACUGAGCCCCGGGAAACUGGGAACAACCUCAAAACCAAAACCAGACACAGCACAAGCAGCGGUCACAGGCCACUGCAGAGCAAAUUCGACUUGCACAGAUGAUUCCGGACCAUAAUGAUGCUGACUUUGAGGAGAAGGUGACGAUUGAUAUCACAGGCAAAAACCAGGAUGAAUGUGUGAUUGCUUUGCAUGACUGCAAUGGAGAUGUCAACAGAGCCAUCAAUGUUCUCCUGGAAGGAAAUCCAGACACGCAUUCCUGGGAGAUGGUUGGGAAGAAGAAAGGAGUCUCAGGACAGAAGGAUGGUGGACAAACUGAAUCUAAUGGAGAAGGAAAAGAAACUCAAGAGCGGGACAGAGACUAUAGUCAGCGACGUAGUGGGCCACCAAGAGGGGGGAGAGGUGCCAGCCGUGGACGAGAGUUUCGAGGCCAGGAAAAUGGAUUGGAUGGCACUAAGAGUGGAGGACCUUCUGGAAGAGGCACAGACAGAGGCAGAAGAAGCCGUGGCCAGGGCAGAGGUAGUUCUGGUAGGCGAGGAGGAAGAUUUUCUGCUCAAGGAAUGGGAACCUUUAACCCAGCUGAUUAUGCAGAGCCAACCAACACUGAUGAUAACUAUGGCAAUAACAGUGGCAAUACAUGGAACAACACUGGCCACUUUGAACCAGAUGAUGGAACGAGACUUUAUUUCAUUGGGGUUGAGGGGUCAAAUUAUCCCCUAAAACUUGAGACUGCUCCUGGUGCAUGGAGGACUGCAACAGAAGAGUGGGGAACUGAAGAUUGGAAUGAAGAUCUUUCUGAGACCAAGAUCUUUACUGCCUCUAAUGUGUCUUCAGUGCCUCUGUCUGUGGAGAAUGUGACAAUCACUGCUGGUCAGAGAAUUGACCUUGCGGUUUAAUUGGGGAAGACACCGUCUUCCAUGGAGAAUGAUUCAUCUAAUCUGGAUCCAUCUCAGGCUCCUUCUCUGGCCCAGCCUCUGGUGUUUAGUAUUCCGAAGCAGAAUGCCAUAUCACAGCCUGCUUCAGGGAAUACAUUUUCUCAUCAUAGCAUGGUGAGCAUGUUGGGGAAAGGAUUUGGUGAUGUUGGGGAAGCUAAAAGUGGCAGUACAACAGGUUCCCAGUUCUUGGAGCAAUUCAAGACUGCACAGGCCCUUGCUCAACUAGCAGCUCAACAUUCUCAAUCUGGAAGCACCACCACCUCCUCUUGGGAUAUGGGCUCAAAAACACAAUCACCAUCACUGGUGCAAUAUGAUGUGAAGAGUGCAAAUGAUUCAACAGUGCACAGUCCUUUUACAAAGCUCCAGGCAUUCACCCCAUCUUCAACCAUGAUGGAGGUAUUCCUUCAGGAGAAGCCACCUGCAGUGGCUACCUCGACAGAUGCACCACCUCCCCCCUCUUCUCCUCUGCCAAGCAAAUCCACCUCGGCGCCACAGAUGUCUCCGGGGUCUUCAGACAAGCAAUCCUCCAGCCCUCAGCCGGCUUAGCAGAAACUGAAACAACAAAAGAAGAAAACCUCCUUGACGUCUAAGAUCCCUGCUCUGGCCAUGGAAAUGCCUGGUUCAGCAGAUAUCUCAGGGCUAAAUCUGCAGUUUGGGGCAUUGCAAUUUGGGUCAGAGCAUGUCCUUUCUGAUUAUGAGUCCACCCCUACCACGAGCGCCUCUUCAAGCCAGGCUCCUAGUAGCCUGUAUACCAGCACGGCCAGUGAGUCUUCAUCUACAGUUUCAUCUAAUCAAAGUCAGGAGUCUGGUUAUCAGAGUGGCCCAAUUCAGUCGACAACGUAUACCUCCCAAAAUAAUGCUCAGGGCCCUCUAUAUGAACAGAGAUCCACACAGACACAGCGGUAUCCCAGCUCCAUCUCUUAUUCACGCCAAAAGGACCUGACUCAGGCUAAGAAUAGUUUCAGCUCUGUGCAGGCCACGCAGUUACAGAACACGCAAUCUGUUGAAGGUGCUACAAGCUCUGCAGUGAAAUCUGAAUCACCUUCCACUUCUAGUAUACCCUCUCUCAAUGAAACAGAACCUGCAGCUUCCUUACUGACGACAGCCAAUCAGCAUCCAUCCUCCUUAGGUGGUUUGAGCCAUAGUGAGGAGAUUCCAAAUACCACCACCACACAACAUAGUAGUGCAUUAUCUACACAGCAGAAUACUCUUUCUUCAUCAACAUCUUCUGGGCAUACUUCAACAUCCACUCUUUUGCAUACGAGUGUGGAGAGUGAGGCAAAUCUACAUUCUUCCUCCAGCACUGUCUCUGCACCUCCCCCAGUGGUCAGUGUCUCCUCCAGUCUGAAUAGUGGCAAUAGUCUGGGCCUUAGCCUGGGCAGCAACUCUACUGUCACAGCCUCAACUCGAAGCUCAGUUGCUACAACUUCUGGAAAAGCUCCUCCCAAUCUUCCUCCUGGAGUCCCGCCAUUGUUGCCUAAUCCAUAUAUUAUGGCUCCGGGGCUGCUACAUGCCUAUCCGCCACAAGUAUAUGGUUAUGAUGAUUUACAGAUGCUCCAGACAAGAUUUCCAUUGGAUUACUACAGUAUCCCUUUUCCCACACCCACCACUCCACUUACUGGGAGGGAUGGUAGCCUGGCCAGCAACCCUUACUCUGGUGACCUCACCAAGUUCGGCCGAGGGGACGCUUCCUCCCCAGCCCCAGCCACAACCUUGGCCCAACCCCAACAGAACCAGACGCAGACUCACCACACCACGCAACAGACAUUCUUCCUGAACCCGGCAAUGCCUCCUGGCUAUAAUUACACCAGUCUGCCAUACUACACAGGGGUCCCAGGCCUCCCCAGCACCUUCUAGUAUGGACCUGCUAUGUUUCCUGUGGCUCCUACCUCUUCCAAGCAGCAUGGUAUGAAUGUCAGUGUGAAUGCAUCAGCUACCCCUUUCCAACAGCCAAGUGGAUAUGGGUCUCAUGGAUACAACACUGGUGUAUCAGUCACCUCCAGUAACACGGGCGUGCCAGAUAUCUCGGGUUCUGUGUACUCCAAAACCCAGCAGUCCUUUGAGAAACAAGGGUUUCAUUCCAGCACUCCCGCUGCCUCCUUCAACUUGUCUUCAGCCCUAGGAAGUGGAGGGCCCAUCAAUCCAGCCAUGGCUGCUGCCUACCCACCUGCCCCCUUUAUGCAUAUUCUGACCCCACAUCAGCAGCCACACUCUCAGAUCCUUCACCAUCACCUGCAGCAGCAUGGCCAGGUUAUCCUCACUCUCGUUGAUGACCAGCUUGGUGAAUAAGCAUUACUGUACCAACUGGGCCUCUUCUAGCAGGCUCAAAGGCUGUGAAAUAAAGUGAAAUCUUUGCCCUCUAAGAACUCUCACCUUAAUGUGCUAAUAUGUUGCCCUUAAGGGGAUUUCCUUUUACAUCCUGUGACUGGAAAGAACUACUGCAAAUCUUCACUUCUUCUAGAAACUGCCUCAUCUACAACAAGUUUCAGGAAAUGAAAGGGGAAGGAGCUAAGGACAUUUAAAAGGAAAAGGACCUUGUGGGGAUCUAAGCAUGAUUUUAAAGGAUUCUGAAGCCAGCAUUAGCUGCUAGCUGGCAGAACUAAAACUUUUCUCU